AUGGCAGACAUAGUGGCAGUAGUAACUGGUGCUAAUAAAGGCAUAGGAUUGGCUAUAGUUAAAGAACUCUGCAGGCGUAGUGUAAAUGUAGUGUAUUUAACAGCAAGAAAUAAUCAACGAGGUAAUGAAGCUAUUGAAAGCUUAAGAAACAUUGGGUUUCAUCCUAAAUUCCAUCAACUGGAUAUUACAGACAAGAACAGUUGUAAAAUAUUUGCUGAUUUUAUGAAAGAAGCCCAUGGUGGUAUCGAUAUUAUUAUCAACAAUGCAGCAAUCACUACUUCAGAUUUUUACAAGACAACCUUUGAAGAUGCGAAGAGUGUUAUUGAUGUAAAUUAUUACGGACUUAUAAACGUGCAAGAAUUUAUAUUUCCGAUACUCAAUAGCAACGCUCGAGUUAUAAAUGUAUCCAGUAGUUGUGGUAUUAUAUCAAAUUUAACGGAUUGCUAUUGGAUUGAACAACUCACUAAAGAUGAUAUGAAAUUGGACGAUAUUAAUGAUUUUAUAAAGUGGUAUCUGGAAUCUGUACAGAACGAAAGCAUACAAGAAGAAGAUCAUUUUAUUGAAACUACAGCUGUCGCGUACAGGGUUUCUAAAAUAGCUAUUACAGCAUUAACAGUACUGCAGCAAAAAGAAGUGGGAAGAGGUAUAUCAGUAAAUUGCAUUCACCCUGGCUAUGUUAAAACAGACUUGACAAAACGUACAGGCUACAUGACAGCAGACGAUGCUGCGAUAGCUCCAGUAUUUUUGGCCCUGGACAUAGACCAAUCUGUAAAAGGAAAGUUUUUUUGGUUUGAUAAAACAGAAAAGGACUGGAGGGACCCCAAACUGAACUUAUACUGUGCUUUUGCUGAGGUCGAAAAAUGUUUUAGAGAACAGUUAAAUAUGGACUAA